UUGUCCAGAAGAGAUACCGUUGGUGAGGAUGUAACUUAUUACGACGGAUUGCGAUUGGACUAGAAGGGAAAAGAAACUCCAGUCUUGGUUCAGACAGGACGAUAAUAUUGCUGAAGAUGUUGCGAGCAGUGAGUAGGCGGUCGGAAUUUGCCGAGGAGCCAGAGGGAGAUGAAGGUCUUGAACUGGAAUUGGCCCGUCUCCAGCGGCAGUACCGCAUUAUGGAGGGAGAUCGCAAAGCAUAUUGCGAGGAAUCACAAAAUAUCGUUCGCAAACAAAGGUUUGCGAUAGAGCAGCUGGAGAAGGAGAAGGAGGAGUAUGAAACGAACCUGCGGCUUGCAGAGAGUGAGCAGAACGAGGCUCAGGACCAUCGGAACACGCAGCGCCUCGGCUCACUCCUGAAGGAUCACGAUGGCUACAGGGAAGCCAUCAAUGCGGAGAAGCAGGUCAUUACUGAGCAUGACCAACAGUGUCGUGUCAUGGAGCGCAAGAUUGCCGAGCAGCUCAAGGCCAUGGGAGGCGUGGACAGUCAUCAGGGAAAACACAUGGUCACGCAGAAGCGUGUCAGGGUUCUCGAAAACAGGCUGGACACCGCGACGCUGAAUUUUAACAAGAUGUUGACGCAAAAUGCGGAGCUGCGUGCAAAGAUCGACCACCUGCUGAGUGAACGCUCCCAUUUUGAUGGCAUGUACAAACGCCUGACCAGGUCGCUCGCAGAUGGGAAGAAACGACUCUGUGAGAUUGUCGAGCAAGCAACGCAGGCCUAUGACCAGAGGGAUGAAGGCCAGAGCAAGAUGACCGCGCUGAAGGAACGGUCGGAGAAGGACCAGACGGCGUACAACGUCGAGAUGAAAGAGCUCAACCGCAUCCUCGAUCACGACCAAAAGCUGAAGGAGUUCAUGACCAUCAAGGCCCAGGAGAGAGCCGACCUGCUGAGGGAGGCUGAGGAGAGCGAGAGGAAGCAGAAAGGGUUCGACGACGAGAAGGCGCAAGACAAGUGGCAGGAGGAGACGAUCCAGACGUACGAGCAAGCGUUCGCUCGCAUCCGCGAAGUCACCGGCGAGGACGACAUCGACACGCUGGUGCGACGAUUCAUCGAGACCGAGGAUCAGAACUUUGCGCUGUUCAACUACGUGAACGAACUGAACAACGAGGUGGAACUGCUGCAGGAGCAGAUACACGAUGUUGAGGGAGAGAUGGAUCAGUUCCAUGCUGCAGAAGCAAGCCGACAGAUGGGCAGACAGAAGGAGUUACAUGAACUUGAGGAGCAGCUGCGUCAGGCGACGAGCGACGCCGACGCGUCGGAGGAGAAGCUGCGACUGUGCAACAAGGCUCUCGACCAGCUGAAGGCAGGCGUCGGCGUGCUCUUCGACAAGAUCGGCUGCGACGCGUCCGGCGUCGCUGAGCUGCUCGGCGGAAACCGCGGCAUCACCAACAACAACAUCAUGCUGCAUCUCGGCAUCGUCGAGCAGCGCACGAGCGACCUGCUGCGCAUACUGCACUACCUGCAGCACAAGAAAUCCGAGGAGGAUGAAGAUGCCUCAGUCCCUUCACCGCUGCUCCCUGCACCGACAGUAACGAAGGGAAAUAUGGUAGUGCUUCCACCUACCACGGGGACGACAGCGGACUACAGCAGCGGGAGAAGACCCGUGCCGACUACACGCGGACCUCUGACCCGCGGCCGACUCAAACAUAAGACCUGCGCAGUCUCGCGCGGCGCGAGGCGGGCGACCUAG